AUGAAAAAAUUUGAAUGGUGUCCUCUUUGCCAUCAUACUACUGAAAGAACUGUACGAUAUAUUUUUGAGGAUUUGUUAGGCAAGAAAUUUCCACCAUGUAGGGGUAAGUUCUUAGAUGGGCUACACUUGGAUGGAUAUAAUGAGAAAUUGCAUCUUGCAUUUGAAUUCCAGGGUCCUCAACACUAUCAUCACAAUAAUUUUUAUCACCGGGGGAAUGAAAAUCUAAAAUCACAAAAUAUGCGCGAUCAAAAGAAGCGGGAUAUAUGCAACAACCAAGAUAUAUGCCUUAUCGAAGUGCCAUACACAUGUGACCUUUUGCCUUUCAUUAAGCAUACACUGAUCGAGAAAGGAUUCUUGGAUAAAGCGAAGGAAUAG